CUGGAUGGCGCUGCUGUACAUAAAUUGAGGUUGUUCGGGUUGGAAUAGGGGCGUAUAAUUUGGAAUUUCUGGAUAUCUGAACACUUCUUUCAACAUGGCGGCAGGUCCAUACAACUAUUCCUACAUCUUCAAGUAUAUCAUAAUAGGAGACAUGGGCGUCGGAAAGUCCUGUCUUCUCCACCAGUUUACAGAAAAGAAAUUCAUGGCCGACUGUCCGCACACGAUCGGAGUCGAGUUCGGCACCCGGAUCAUCGAGGUCAGCGGCCAGAAGAUCAAGCUGCAGAUCUGGGACACGGCCGGCCAGGAGCGCUUCAGGGCCGUCACCAGGUCGUACUACCGCGGCGCGGCCGGCGCGCUCAUGGUGUACGACAUCACGCGGCGCUCCACCUACAACCACCUGAGCAGCUGGCUGACGGACGCGCGCAACCUGACCAACCCCAACACGGUGAUAUUCCUGAUUGGCAACAAGUGUGACCUGGAGGCGCAGCGAGACGUGACCUACGACGAGGCCAAGCAGUUCGCCGACGAGAACGGUCUCAUGUUCGUCGAGGCCAGUGCCAAAACUGGAAACAACGUGGAGGAGGCGUUCCUGGAGACGGCCAAGAAAAUCUACCAGAACAUCCAGGACGGCAGCCUGGACCUCAACGCGGCCGAGUCGGGCGUGCAGCACAAGCCGUCGCAGCAGGGGCGCACCACACUGACGGCGCAGGCCUCCACCGCCAAGGAGAACUGCACGUGCUAGCUAGGCGGGCGGUCCUGAGCGGCGCGCACCCCCGGGAGCGGGCCGCCGGCGUCCGGACCCGCUCCGGACGGCUGCUGACCCCCAGGGACGGCCCGUGAGUGGUGUGGCUGGGGCCGCCCUGGCGCCGGCCCAGCGACCCUGCCGGACCGGGCGUUCGCGAGUCUCACUCUCUGAGGCGGUGCGGGGAGGCCCCAGAGCCGGAUCUGCGCUGCGCUGUCCGGGGAUGCGGCCCUGGCGCCGGCCCAGCGACCCUGCCGGACCGGGCGCUCGCGAGUCUCACCCUCUGAGGCGGUGCGGGGAGGCCCCAGAGCCGGAUCUGCGCUGCGCUGUCCGGGGAUGCGGCCCCGGGCCGAGCCCCGGCGACUCGCGGCAGUCCACAUCAGGCAUUUGACCACGGCCUCGCCGCUCGGGGAUGGGCCGCGGACGGUGUCGGUGGGUCGCGUCGCUCCGGGGCUGGCUCGACGCGUGGUGCGCGUCUCCAGCCGGGCCGGCCGCGCUCCGGCUACGUCUCGACCUCGCCGGGCGGGGCGCACGACCUCGGCCUCGGAUGUCCGCGUGCAGUGCUUUAGUGUGCCGGUUGGGGAUGCACGAGCCGCGAGCACGGUUUGCAAGGUGCCCGGCUGGUGUGGUCGACCUCUCAGCACCCCCUCGAGCUACACGUCAAGUGAUAUACACGCGCGUGUACACCAAAUCAUACACGGACCCGCGCGCAUGCGUGCUCCGUGCAGACGGCUCCGACCCGCCCUCCGUCGCCCGCCGUGGGUCCUCUGUUGGGGGCGGAAGGAUCGGGUGGAGUUGUGAACAAAGCGGGGCGCCGGUGCCGCGCGCGCUUUUUCGUGCGCACCCUAAAAUGUGAUGUAGCUGUGCGUGUCCUUGAGAAUGGACCUCAUCCAGAAAGGCAUAGUAACCGUGCGCGCCUAAACACGCAUCUAUUUUACGUUAUUCCAAUAGAUUAUACCGCUUUGGAUAUGUUAGUGCGAGCCGUAGCCGGCGGUGUGCGGAUGUAGGUUGAUUGUUGGCGUGGUAACGACUGCUUCGUUUGCCCCUGUGCCGCCCCACUGUGCCCUCGCUCCGUGUGCCGUGUCGGCCGUCUGCCGGCUGGCGGACUCCGGCUGGCGCGCCGCUGGUCCUCCGGCCGCCGGUACCUUGUUGUCGUCCGUCAUUGGCCGCGACCUCGCGAUGUUCAGGCCGCUCACAUUCCUCUCGCCGUCUGCCGCGAUACUGUGUCCCGCCAUGGCGGCGCGCGCCCGGCCGGCGCAUGGCGCUGACUGACUGACAAGAGGGCGCGCCGCGGCCGCCGGCGCGCUCCGCCAGCGUGCGCCCGCGCCGACUGACUGUUGACAAUGUUUUAAUGGGGUCAUAUGGUAAAUAAACCAGU